GUGACAUACUGAGUCGGGGUGCUUGUCGAAGAAGAAAGAUAUACUAAGAAUCAGAUAGAGAUUGGCACAUUAGUACAGGAAGUAACUUGGAUACAGGUCUCCAUCCUUCGGAACGGAUAGCUUUGUUUCCAUGAUGACUAUGGAUUGGUUGAGAGUGUACCUGGCAGGGCUCUUCUUGGUACCUCUUAUUUCUGCGACCGACUCCACCACUCAGCGGACUUCUGCGGUCACGGAAGUGCAAAACUUUUCCACAAGUUCUGAGCCAACCACGGCAGAUAAAGGCUCAUCCACACUCGUUUCCAGGAUACCGGCAAACAUUUCCAUGACCCCGUCACCCUCAGCCAGAGGAAAUGCAACUACACCGGAAGCAAUGCACCCCACAACCACUUCCAGCUAUUCACAGCAGCCAAACAACACAACAAUCUUCGUCCAAUCAACCAGCAGCCCUGCCGGAACAGUUGCCAUAGUUACGACUUCAACAAUUGCAGGUUAUAUUUUCUUAGUGAUAAUAGUGAUAGCCCUUGCUGUGCUUUGCUGGAUCCUCAUUUCUCUCAGGAGAAAAUCCAGGUGGUAUUCCUUUGACUUCAAGUACCCUGUACUCCUGACGGACCCUCCUGGGACUUUUGAGACCGUCAACAUGGACGGACUGAAUAUUGUUGACCUUUCACCUUUGCCAGCAUCCAAUGGGGAGCGUCUCCUGGACCAGGAGGUGCUCCUGCCCUAUAGCGGCUUCCUCCCAUUGGACAAUGAGCAGACUGACAGGAAGUGGGACCAAUCCGACGGAGUGUCACUUCAUAUAACAGAGGAAGAGCUGGAGAACAGCACUGCACUGUCCUGUGGUUCUACUGCACCCUAGUACUGUUACCCCGUCUCCUCUUCUCCAGAACUCCUUUCUCCUCCUUCUCUCCUCUCCUCCAGUACCCCGCCUCUUCCCUUCCUCCUCCUUCUCAGUCUCAGACAGAAGAUAGUGGUGGAGAAAAGAGACUUAAACAAACUUAAACAAAAAUAAUUCAAACUGUCAAAUAUGAAAUAAAAUGUGUCAACGAUUA